AUGAAAUUUGGCUCAAACUAUAUCCCUGAAGAACAUAUAAUAGUUAAAACUAAAUAUAGUUUUAUAUUUACAAAUUUACGUCCAUUUCUUCCUUAUCAUAUUCUUGUAUCACCAAUAUCUCAAAAACAAUUUCUUUCUGAUUUAUCUAAAGAAGAAUAUAUAGAUCUUUUUGAAUGUGUUCGUCUUUCACUAAAAUCUCUAUCUUUAUAUGGCACAUCUUUUACUGUUUCAUGCCAAGAUGGUAAAGAAGCAGGACAAAGUGUCCCACAUGUACAUAUACAUAUUGUACCUAGAAAUAAAAAUGAUCUAGAAGAUAAUGACCUUAUUUAUGCUAAGGGUGCACUAGAUAUUAUAAGAAGUGAUAGAACAUUUGAAGAAAUGGCAGAAGAAGCAUUAUUGCUAAGAAAAGAUUUUAGUAAAUUUUUUACCCAUUGUGAUGAUAAUUGA